AUGGAGCGGCUGAAGCAGAUGGAAGAUGACUCCAUUUAUAAUAUGAGUCAGAGGAGAGGUCAUUCUUUUCCUCCACCUUUGCCCUCGACGUGUGAUGCUGAACCUUCUGCACUGUAUCAAGUUGUCUUGAGGCACAGUCAUUACCCACCCAUUCUCCAGAGCAACUCAUGGACUCUGGCAGUUCCAUUUAAGGAGCAACACCUCCACCGAACUCCUAGUGAGUUGGUUGGAAAUAACUAUAGCCCCCAGGCGCAGGGCCUUAAAAUGAAACAGCUCCAGCGCAGAAAACAAGCUCCCCGUCAAGCAUCAGCAAAGCCACCUAGACAUAGAAAUGUCAGUGGUCCCAGUAGUCGGCCUAUGAGUCCUGAAGAGCAGCUUGACAUAAUGCACAAGCAGGAGGAGGAGAAGAAGGCCACUGCGGCAGAAUCUAACGACAGAGAUCUAGAGAGGUAUAUGUACUACAUCAGCACUGGUGUCCACAGCUCUAUGCUGACCCCCCUGCCUCAUCAGCACAUGAUCAACAUCAGGCACCUGCUACCUCCUGACCCUGAGGACAUCAGCAAACGCCUGCAAAUUUUGAGGGCUGACUUGGAAGAAGAGGUCAAAACUGAUUAUUACUUCAGCCUCAAAAAGAGCAUAGUUGACUACAUUUUGAUGGACACAUCUGAGCGUCAGCGACUGUCCAUACGCAGCAUCCCCUGUCCUUCUCCCAGGAGGGUGAUACGUGCCCCAGUGCCCUGGGCUGCCAGCUACAAGGCCGCCCACAUCUGGCAAAGUCAACAUCUGCAUACUGUCAGUCCCAUGAUGCUCCUGCUGCAAGAUGUCUGGCUGAAGAGCUUCUCAUCGCUGAGAUUUGUCAAAUUGGAGGAACUUUUGUCCACCAACCUCCCCCUCCAGCCAUCUGAAUUUGAAGAGUUUGUUCAGAGGCAGUGCCAGGCUACAAGAGACGAACUCAUUCAAAAGUGGCUGCCUCAUUGUGCAUCACUCUUUGUCACCUCUGAUGAGAGAGAGCAGGUGACGCCAGUCGGUGACCAGGAGUUCUUCAACUGCGUGGCUGCACUCAUGUCGCUGCAGCUUCGAAGUCUGGUCAUACACUCAUUGCAGGACCUGUUGCAGUUCUUCAUGCUGCAUGAGGAGGGCAAUGACUUUGGAGACUUGUAUGAUGAGACAAAAUAUGUACAGGCUCAAGUGUUGCUGGUCAAACUACAAGUGGAAAAGUCCUGUGUUGCCUUUCUUCCAAGCUUCAAUGAAUGUUGGGAGAUCGUUCACAGGGCUUUCAUGGAAAUCAUAAAGAGUGCUGAGAAGCUUCCAAGGGUGGAAUGCAGCCUCUUUCCUGAUAUCAAGAACUGGUAUCUUCGCACUGUAAAGCCAGAUGAAUCCCUGGUCACAGAUCUACUCUACAAAGCCAGUGAGGUUUUCCAGAAGAACACAGUGGGAGCACAAAAGUAUUUGGCAACAUAUCAGAAAUACAGUAACCUAAUGGACAACACAGCACAGCAGGACAUGUCCGCUUUCCUCAAGACAAAGCACUCACUAACAGAAUUUGCAAAGGAAAUUGAGCGGCUGAGUGAUUUGGGGAAGGAGAUCGCCUCACUGCGUGUCACAGUCCCCCUCUCAAUGUUUCGCCUGGAUGCUGGCAAAAUGAAUGAAGACCUGUGUGAGCGUACUGGAAGACUUAAAGAGAAAGUCAUCAUGUUUGAAGUGGAGGAGAACCGUGAGCUUAACAAGGGGAUUUGCCAAAAGUAUGAAGAAAUUACAAAAACCGUCAGACGCAUCCCGGAAACAACAGAAGAGUUGGUUUGUCUCAACCAGUUCAUUAUCAACACCAGCAAUGUGACCGUUCACAAGCUGAUUGAUGAGAUUGAGGAAGCAACCUGUCGCCUCAGCUUUCUGCUGGACUAUGCCUUUCUGCCUUCUGAUGACAUGAGGCUGAACUCCCAUGUUUUCCAGUGGCCGAAUCAGAUCCUGAUUGAGCUUGAAGACAGCAAAACUCGUUUGACCGUCAUGAGAGUAGAAGUUGAGGACAAGCUUCAGACAAGGCUUGUAGAAUUUGAGCAGAAACUGCAGGAGAUGGACAGGGACAUACAAGCUUUUGAGAGAAAGGACUCAAGGAACGUGGAAGAGAUGAAAAACAAUGUAGAAAUUCUUGCAAGGAUCACUGCUGACCUGGAGGCCGCUGUCACCGAACUAGAAGAUAUAAAUAAAGAGCAAGCCUUGCUGGAGAGGGAGCAGAGCCAAUUUCCAUUACUGCAAACUCUGAUAUCUGAUAAACAGCCAUAUGAUCAGCUGUGGAACACAGCGCUGAACUUUGAGAACAUGUCAGAGGUGUGGAUGAAUGGUCCGUUCCUGCACUUGGACGCUGAAAACAUUUCAGAUGAACUAGACAGUAUGUGGAGGACCGCUCAUAAACUGACAAAGACAUUUUCAAACCUCCUUGGACCCUGUCGCAUGGCCAGAAACUUGAAAAGCAAGAUAGAUCAGUUCAAGCAGCACUUGCCCGUUCUGACCACCAUCUGCAACCCCGGCAUUAAAGAUCGCCACUGGAAGAAGAUUGGCAGCAUUGUUGGGAUUGAUGUCAAACCAGAUGUGAACAGCUCACUGCAGAAGAUGUUGGACCUCGGUCUUUCAACAUUCUCCGAUAAAUUGGAAGAAAUUGGAGCUUCUGCCAGUAAGGAGUAUUCUCUGGAAAAAUCAAUGGAGAAGAUGAAAAAUGAAUGGGCUGAACUACGGUUCUCUUUCACUGAAUACAAAGAUACAGGUGUCAAAAUAGUUUCAGCUGUGGAUGACAUCCAAGUCCUUCUGGAUGACCACAUUAUUAAGGCACAGACCAUGAGAGGUUCACCUUUCAUUAAGCCAAUAGAGACCGAAUGUAAGCAAUGGGAGGAAAAGCUGCUGGGUAUGCAAGACAUCCUCGAUGCCAUGCUGAAGUGUCAGGCUACAUGGCUCUACCUGGAGCCCAUCUUCAGCUCGGAGGACAUUAUUGCACAGAUGCCUGAGGAGGGCCGCAAGUUCGCCAUCGUGGACAGCCACUGGAAGGAUGUCGUCACUGGAGCGGCCAGGGACACCCACGUGCUGGUGGCUACAGGGCAGGCCAACAUGCUGAAGCGGUUACAGGAGUCCAAUAAAUUGCUGGAUGACAUCCAAAGAGGCCUCAACAACUACCUAGAAAAGAAGAGGCUCUACUUCCCAAGAUUUUUCUUUCUGUCCAACGACGAGCUGCUGGAGAUCUUGUCUCAGACCAAAGACCCUCUAUGUGUGCAACCUCACCUGAAAAAGUGCUUUGAAGGCAUUGCAAAGCUGGAAUUUACUAAAGACAUGGCGAUUACUGGCAUGAUCAGCUCUGAAAAGGAGACCGUACCCUUCACAGAAAAGAUUUAUCCAGCACAUGCUAAGGGUAUGGUGGAGAAAUGGCUCCUCCAGGUGGAAAAGAUGAUGCUGAAGAGUGUUCAGCAUGUCAUUCAUCAAGGAGUGAUUCAGUACGCCGAGGUGCCUCGCAAGAAGUGGGUGUUGCAGUGGCCUGGUCAAGUUGUUAUUUGUGCCUCUUCUAUCUUUUGGACCAGUGAAGUGUCUGAAGCAAUACAGACCAGAUCUCUGCCUGCCUAUUUAGAAAAGAGUAAUGCCCAGAUUGCUGAUAUUGUGGAGCUAGUGCGUGGGAAGCUGCCAAGUGGGGCAAGGAUGACCCUUGGUGCUCUGACCGUAAUUGACGUUCACGCUCGAGAUGUCGUGGCAAAAUUGGCAGAGGAACGUAUUUCCUCACUGAAUGACUUUGCAUGGAUUUCCCAGCUGCGUUACUUCUGGGAGGAUGGAGAAGUGAUGCUGCGCAUGAUUACGACCUGCUUGAAAUAUGGAUAUGAGUAUCUUGGCAAUUCUCCCCGCCUGGUCAUCACACCCCUUACUGAUCGCUGUUACAUGACCCUGAUGGGAGCUUUGAAGUUGAACUUGGGUGGAGCUCCUGAGGGUCCAGCAGGAACUGGCAAGACUGAGACCACCAAAGAUCUGGCCAAAGCUUUGGCAAAGCAGUGCGUGGUGUUUAACUGCUCUGAUGGGCUGGACUAUAAAGCCAUGAGUAAGUUCUUUAAAGGACUGGCUCAGUCUGGAGCUUGGGCCUGCUUUGAUGAGUUCAAUCGUAUCGAGGUGGAGGUACUCUCUGUGGUGGCUCAGCAGAUCCUCUGCAUACAGCAGGCGGUUGCCAAGAACCUGAAAACAUUCAUAUUUGAGGGCACAGAGCUUUCCCUCAACCCAACCUGUUCUGUCUUCAUCACUAUGAACCCUGGUUAUGCCGGCAGGGCUGAGCUGCCUGACAAUCUGAAGGCUCUCUUCCGUACAGUGGCUAUGAUGGUGCCAGACUAUGGUCUCAUUGGUGAGAUCUCACUGUACUCCAUGGGCUUCAUUGAAUCUCGCAGUCUUGCUGAGAAGAUUGUCGCCACCUACCGACUGUGCUCUGAGCAGCUGUCCUCCCAGCACCACUACGACUAUGGUAUGCGAGCUGUGAAGUCUGUGCUGACUGCAGCAGGGAAUCUGAAGCUGAAGUAUCCCAAAGAGAACGAGAGUGUGCUGUUGCUUAGGGCACUGAUGGACGUCAACAUGGCCAAAUUUCUUGCGCAGGAUGUGCCGCUCUUUCAGGGUAUCAUCUCGGAUUUAUUUCCUGGAGUUGUUCUUCCAAAACCAGACUAUGAGUUGCUCCUGCAGGCACUGAAUGAAAACAUUGCCAAGCUUAAUCUUCAGCCUGUCCCAUGGUUUGUUGGGAAAGUCAUCCAGGUAUAUGAGAUGAUGUUGGUACGUCAUGGCUUUAUGAUAGUAGGAGAGCCCCUUGGAGGAAAGACUUCAGCCUAUAAAGUCCUGGCUGCUGCCCUUGGAGAUAUUCACAAAGAAAAGCUAAUGGAUGAGUUUGCAGUGAAUUAUUGCAUCAUCAACCCCAAGGCCAUCACCAUGGGCCAGUUAUAUGGCUGUUUCGAUCCGGUCAGCCAUGAGUGGUCUGAUGGUGUCCUGGCCACAUCCUACAGAGAUCAGGCCAACUCCACUUCAGAGGAUCGACAGUGGAUUAUCUUUGAUGGGCCGAUAGACGCUGUCUGGAUUGAGAAUAUGAACACUGUGCUGGACGACAACAAGAAGCUCUGUCUUAUGAGUGGUGAGAUAAUACAGAUGAGUCCCAAGAUGAGUCUGAUCUUCGAAACAGCUGACCUGGAACAAGCUUCUCCAGCUACAGUCAGUAGAUGUGGUAUGAUCUACAUGGAACCUCAGCAACUCGGCUGGUCUCCUCUGAGAGAUUCAUACAUGAACACUCUGCCUGGAAGUCUGAGUACUGAACAUAGAGAGAUGGUCAGGGACCUGUUUGAUUGGUUGGUUCAGCCCUGUCUGGAUUUUAUUGACAAGGAAUGUCGAUUUGUGGUGUCAACAUCUCCCAUCCACUUGGUCUGUAGUCUAAUGAAGCUGCUUACCUGCCUGAUGGAUGAGAUUUCAGCAUCGGAAGCCACACAGAAGAUGUCGAGCCAGCAGAUAACUAUGUGGCUUCAGGGGCUUUUCCUUUUUGCUACUGUGUGGUCUGUGGGUGGGACCAUCACUGGAGAAAGUCGGAAAAAGUUUGACGUCUUCUUCCGCACGCUGAUCACAGGCAUGGAUGAUGAUCACCCUCGACCCAAGAGCGUUCAGCUGAAAAAGAGCAUCUUUCCUGAGAGAGGCACAGUCUAUGACUACUACUUUCAUAAGGAGGGACAAGGACAGUGGAAUGUCUGGACUGAUUUAAUUACAAAUGAAGAAAACACCAUACCAGCUGAAGCCAAUGUGGCUGAUCUAAUCAUCCCCACCAUGGAGACCGCACGUCAGCUUUUUUUCCUGCGUACUUACCUGCAACAUGAAAUACCCAUGCUGUUUGUCGGCCCCACUGGCACUGGGAAAUCUGUCAUCAACACCAACUUCCUGGUAAAGCUCCCUAAAGAGCAAUACACACCGAACUGCAUCAACUUCUCUGCCCGCACCUCUGCAAAUCAGACUCAAGACAUAAUUAUGGCAAAACUGGACAGAAGACGAAAGGGAGUGUUUGGGCCUCCUGUGGGGAAGAAGUGUGUCGUCUACGUUGAUGACCUGAACAUGCCAGCAAAGGAAAUAUAUGGUGCCCAACCUCCAAUCGAGCUGUUGAGACAGUGGAUUGACCACCAUCACUGGUAUGACAAGAAGGACACCUCCAGACUGAACAUAGUUGAUGUGCUGUUCAUGUCUGCAAUGGGGCCUCCUGGUGGUGGGAAGAAUAACAUUACAGGUCGUUUCACACGUCACUUGAAUAUCAUUUCAAUUGAUUCCUUUGAUGACACAACGCUGACCAAGAUAUUCAGCUCCAUUGUUGACUGGCACUUCAGCAAGGGAUUUGAUGCAUCUUUCUUCAGGCUUGGCAAGAUUAUGGUCCAAGCCACCAUGGAGGUAUACAAGGAGACCAUAAAGAGCUUUCUCCCAACUCCUUCUAAGUCACACUACAUCUUCAACCUGCGAGACUUUGCUCGAGUGAUUCGAGGUGUACUCCUGGUUCCACACACACACGUGCAAGAUGGAGACAAAUUGAUUCGUCUGUGGAUCCAUGAGCUCUACCGUGUAUUUUAUGACCGGCUCAUUGACUCCAGAGACAAUGAAACCUUUUUUGACAUCGUCAAAGAGAAAACGUCCCACUUCUUUAAGCAGAGUUUGGAAAAGCUCCUGAGUCACCUCUGUCUGAAUGGCAAGGUAGCAGAUGAGAACAUCCGCAACUUGUUCUUUGGGGACUAUGCCCAUCCCGAUUCUGACACUAGAGCAUAUGAUGAAAUCUCAGACAUGCAAUCAUUGCAAGAAGUGAUGGAGUUCCACCUGGAUGAGUACAAUAACUGCAGCAAGGCGCCCAUGUCCCUCGUAAUGUUCAAGUUUGCUAUUGAACACAUUUCUCGCAUCUGCCGUGUCCUGAAGCAAGAUAAUGGCCACCUUCUACUUGUUGGCAUCGGAGGAUCUGGGCGGCAAAGCGCCACGAAACUCGCCACUUUCAUUAGUGAUUACGUCCUGUUCCAGAUCGAGCUUACCAAGAACUACAGCUUAGCAGAAUGGCGAGAAGACCUGAAGCGGAUGAUGCUAAAGGCAGGCAGUGAGGGGAAGAAACUUGUGUUUUUGUUCAACGACAGUCAAAUUAAGGAUGAAGCCAUGCUGGAAGACAUCAGCAUGCUUCUUAACAUGGGUGAUGUACCAAACAUCUUUGCUGCUGAUGAACGUGCUGACAUUAUUGAGAAAGUGCAGGGUAUUGCCAGGAUGGAAGGCAAAAAGAUUGAUGCAACGCCGCUGUCAAUGUAUAACUUCUUCAUUGACCGUGUGAAAUCCAACCUUCACAUUGUGCUUGCCAUGAGUCCCAUUGGGGAUGCAUUUAGAAACCGCCUCAGAAUGUUCCCUUCUCUCAUCAACUGCUGCACCAUUGACUGGUUUCAUGCAUGGCCAGAUGAUGCUCUGGAGAUGGUGGCCCAUAAGUUUUUGGAGGACAUAGAAAUGGACAGUGAUACCAGAGAAGAGGUGGUGGAAAUGUGUAAGACCUUCCAAACAAGUGUCAGGGAGAUGUCUCAAAAAUAUUUCUCCAGAUUAAGGAGACACAACUAUGUCACACCCACUUCUUACCUUGAACUCAUUCUCACAUUCAAGACUUUGCUUGAAAUUAAGAGGAAUGAAGUGAAUACUGCAAAGAACCGCUACAUUACUGGCCUCCAGAAACUGGAGUUUGCCUCUUCUCAGGUAUCAGUGAUGCAACAAGAGCUGACAGCUUUGCAGCCAGAACUCAUCCAGACCUCAGCUGAGACAGAUAAGAUGAUGGUUAAGAUAGAGAAGGAAACCGUGGAAGUAGAUGCCAAGAAAGAACUUGUAUCUGCUGAUGAAAAAGUGGCAAAUGAAGCUGCAGCUGCAGCACAAGCAAUCAAGGAUGAGUGUGAGGGCGAUCUGGCAGAAGCAAUGCCUGCAUUAGAGGCUGCUCUGUCAGCCCUGGACACGUUGAAACCUGCAGACAUAACUGUAGUUAAGUCGAUGCAGAAUCCACCUGGCCCAGUGAAACUGGUGAUGGAGUCCAUCUGCAUCAUGAAAGGCAUUAAGCCUGAAAGAAAACCUGAUCCGAGCGGUUCAGGUAAAAUGGUUGAGGACUUUUGGGGCCCCUCUAAAAAACUUCUAGGAGAUCUAAAAUUUUUGGAAGGCCUCAAAGCCUACGACAAAGACAAUAUUCCUGCCUCGUACAUCAAGAAAAUCAGAGAUAAGUUUAUUGACAACCCAGACUUUCAGCCCUCUGUGAUUAAAAAUGUGUCCUCUGCAUGUGAAGGCCUCUGUAAAUGGGUGCGUGCAAUGGAGGUCUACGAGCGUGUCGCCAAAGUGGUAGCUCCUAAAAAGCAGAAACUGAAGCUGGCCGAGGAUGAGCUGUCUGUGCAGAUGGACAUGUUGGCAGUGAAAAGAGCUGAGCUGAAAGAAGUUGAGGACAGACUCCAGAGUCUCAAUGAUGAUUUGGCGGCCAUGAUAAAUAAGAAGAAAGACUUGGAGGAGAACAUUGAACUGUGUUCCCAGAAGCUCAUCAGAGCAGAGAAGUUAAUAGGAGGUCUGGGUGGGGAGAAGGAUAGAUGGACAGACGCUGCAGGACAACUAGAUAUGAGAUACACAAAUCUGACAGGUGACAUACUCCUCUCCUCUGGAAUUGUGUCGUAUCUUGGAGCUUUCACAGUGGAAUACCGUGUAGAGUGCCAGAAGCAGUGGCACAUCCUUUGCCAGGAAAAGAAAAUCCCAUGUUCUGAGGACUUUUCUCUCAGUAACACUCUGGGAAACCAGGUGGCCAUAAGAGCGUGGCAGAUUGCAGGACUGCCAGUGGACUCCUUCUCCACAGACAAUGGCAUCAUUGUGUUUAAUUCCCGACGGUGGCCCCUCAUGAUUGAUCCUCAAGGUCAGGCCAACAAAUGGAUCAAAAACAUGGAAAAAGCCAACAAGCUUGCUGUCAUCAAGUUAUCAGAUGGAAACUACGUGAGAAUCUUAGAGAACUGCAUCCAGAUGGGGACCCCGGUUCUUUUAGAAAAUGUUGGGGAAGAGCUUGACCCAGUACUUGAGCCGGUGUUGCUAAAGCAAACGUUCAAACAGCAGGGCGUAGAGUACAUGAAAAUAGGAGAGAAUGUUGUAGAGUAUUCUAAAGACUUUUUGUUCUACAUGACCACUGGACUGAGGAACCCACAUUAUCUUCCUGAAGUGGCUGUGAAAGUCUGCCUGCUGAAUUUUAUGAUCACUCCACAAGGCCUGCAGGACCAACUAUUGGGGCUUGUGGCUGCCAAAGAGAAACCUGAGCUGGAGGAAAAAAAGAAUAAGCUCAUUCUGGAGAGUGCUGCCAACAACAAGCAGCUGAAGGAAAUUGAGGAUAAGAUCUUAGAAGUGCUCUCAUCUUCUGAAGGGAACAUCCUUGAAGAUGAGUCUGCAAUAAAAAUCUUGUCAUCUUCUAAAAUACUGUCGGAGGAGAUCUCUGAAAAGCAAAAAAUUGCUAGUGUUACUGAGAAGGAGAUUGAUGAUACUCGUAUGGGCUACCGUCCUGUUGCUGAGCACUCUUCAAUCUUGUUUUUCUGUAUCUCGGACCUGGCUAACAUUGAGCCUAUGUACCAGUAUUCCCUGACCUGGUUUAUCAACCUCUACCUCAAUUCCAUCGCUAAGAGCCUGAAGAGUGACGAUGUGACCAAAAGAAUCAGCAACAUCGUCGACCACUUUACUCUCAGCAUCUACAAUAAUGUCUGUCGCUCACUGUUUGAGAAAGAUAAGCUGCUCUUCUCUCUUCUGCUGACUGUUGGCAUCAUGCAGGGGAAGGGCCUGAUUGAUGAUCAGGUCUGGAGAUUCUUUUUGACCGGUGGCAUUGCUUUGGAUAAUCCCUAUCCUAACCCUGCGCCAGAGUGGUUGUCUGAAAAAUCCUGGUCUGAAAUCGUCAGGGCUUCCAGCCUUCCACAUCUGAAAGGUUUCUUCGAGCAUGUUCAAGACAAUGUCUCCAAAUGGAAGAACCUGUAUGAUUCAGCAAAGCCCCACAAGGACCAGCUCCCUGGCUUGUGGAGUGAGCUGCUUGGACUGGAUCGAUUGGUAGUCAUCAGGUGCUUCAGACCAGACAAAUUGGUUUCGGCAGUGCAGGACUUCAUAGUUGACAACAUGGGACAAGCAUACGUUGAGCCACCUACCUUUGACCUGGCAGGGAGCUACAAAGACUCAAACUGCUGCUCUCCUCUUAUCUUUGUGCUUUCACCAGGAUCAGAUCCAACUGCAGGUCUGCUGAAAUUUGCUGAUGAUCUUAAAAUGAGUGGCAGUAAGACCCAAACCAUCUCACUUGGUCAGGGACAGGGACCCAUAGCUGCUGAGAUGAUUAACAGAGCAAUCAAGAAGGGCACCUGGGUGGUUCUGCAGAACUGCCACUUGGCUACCAGCUGGAUGCCAACUUUGGAAAGGAUAUGUGAGGAAACCAUCACCCCAGAGAACACACACCCCAGCUUUAGGUUGUGGUUAACCAGUUAUCCAUCUGACAAGUUCCCUGUUAGUAUCCUGCAGAAUGGGCUCAAGAUGACCAAUGAGCCUCCCAAAGGAAUUAGAGCCAACCUUCUGCGCUCCUACCUGAGUCACCCCAUUUGUGACCCUGACUUCUUUGGCAGCUCCAGAAAACAGGUCAUCUGGCAGAAGCUGUUGUUUGGUCUCACUUUCUUUCAUGCGCUCGUGCAGGAGAGGAGGAACUUUGGACCUCUGGGUUGGAAUAUUCCCUAUGAGUUUAAUGAGUCUGACCUGAAAAUUAGUCUCAGGCAAAUCCAGAUGUUCCUGGAUGAAUAUGAUGAAGUUCCUCUGGAGGCCCUCACCUAUCUCACAGGCGAGUGUAACUAUGGUGGCAGGGUUACAGAUGACAAAGACAGACGUCUGCUGCUGUCGCUGCUGUCCAUCUUCUACAGCUGGGAGCUUAUAGAGCAGGAGUGUUACCACCUGUGUGAGGGAGACCUGUAUCAUGUUCCUGCUCAUGGGCCCUAUCAGGAAUAUGUGAACUACAUUCGCAGUCUCCCAAUAAGUGCAGACCCUUGUGUGUUUGGGCUUCAUAGCAAUGCUGAUAUCACAAAGGAUAAUCAGGAAACCAAUCAGCUCCUAGACGGAGUUCUGCUGACUCUGCCCCGGCAGUCGGCUGGUGGGGCCAAGUCUCCUCAGGAAGUGGUGGAUGAGCUUGCAGAUGACAUCUUGGCAAAGUUGCCAGCAAACUUUGACAUAGAAAUGGUGAUGGAUAAAUAUCCAGUUGUGUACGAAGAGUCUAUGAAUACUGUUUUGAGACAGGAAGUCAUCCGUUUUAACAGACUUACAGAUGUGGUGCGCCUCAGCUUGGUCAACAUCCGCAAAGCUUUGAAGGGCCAGAUCGUUAUGUCUUCUGAACUUGAGAACGUUUUCAACAGCAUGUUGGUGGGCAAGGUACCCGCUAUGUGGGCAGCCAAGUCAUACCCUUCCCUUAAGCCCUUGGGAAGCUACGUGACUGAUCUCUUAGCCAGGCUGCAGUUCUUGCAAAGUUGGAUCGAUAACGGGCCGCCUACAGUCUUCUGGCUCUCUGGAUUUUAUUUCACUCAGUCAUUUCUAACUGGAGUGUCUCAGAAUUUCGCCAGGAAGUACACCAUCCCCAUUGACUACAUCGGCUUUGAAUAUGAGGUAACCAAAGAGGAAAGCGACAUUGAGGAGAAGCCAGAAGAUGGAGCUUAUGUUCGAGGGCUGUUCAUGGAGGGGGCACGCUGGGACAGGCAGGACAUGGUGAUCGGAGAAUCCCUCCCGAAGAUUCUCUUUGACUUGUUGCCCAUCAUCAAGCUGAAACCGGGAGAAAUGGCCAAAUUCAAGCAUGAAAACAUCUACACUUGUCCCGUUUACAAAACCAGUGCUCGCCGAGGGACCUUGUCCACUACUGGUCACUCUACUAACUACGUCCUGUCCAUUGAGCUUCCCUCUGACAAACCGCAGAAGCACUGGAUUAACCGUGGAGUGGCAUGCCUCUGCCAGCUGGAUGACUAA